AUGACUGUCACAGCAGAUCACAUUGCUAUUCUUGUAUGUGAUACGCCAAUUCCUGGUGUGGCCUCCAAGUUUGGUGACUUUGGGGACAAUUGCAGAGACCUUUUGGAGGCUGGAGGACUGUGUCCAUAUCCUGGUAUAUGCUACCAGAUUUGUAACGAUAAUGAUGACGACUUGGAAGUAAUAUAUUCACAGAUUAAGGCUGGACUCGAGUCCAAUGUCAUCAAGGGUCUACUUUUGACGGGGUCUCGUUCCGAUGCGUUUGACGACCAGGUUCCAUGGAUCCAGAAACUUGACAGUUUUGUCAUAAAUGUAGCAUUUGAAACACCCAAUCUUCCUAUAGUUGGAAUAUGCUUUGGUCACCAGAUAUUAUCCAAAGACUUGGGUGCCAAGGUGGGUCGUAAUUUGGGCCAAGGAUGGGAGUUGGGUACCACUGAGAUCAAAUUGAACCCGCACUUUUCAUUGAUGAAAGGACCCAUUUUAUCAAUGUCAGAAUCACACCGAGAUGUGGUUUUUGAAAUUCCAAAGCCAUAUAAGGGAUCAGAAUUCUACAAUAUAGGACUGUCAAGUAACUGUGCUGUCCAAGGGCUAAUUUCAAAUGGUGGAAAGCUCAGAAUUUUGACGUUUCAAGGCCAUCCAGAAUUCCAUCCAGACUUGAUGCUUGCAUUAUGUAAAUACAAAUACGAAGCAGGCACGAUAGACAAGGAAGUGUACGAGCAAAGUACACAAGCUACUGCAUCGAUGGUGAACCAGGGUAAGGAGAUCGGAGGCAUUAUAGGCAAUUUUUUUCAGACUAAAUAA